GUUGCCUAAAUUGCUGAAAAUACGUUUUACACAGGACACCAUCUUCUCGAAGUUAGUAAACAACCCAUCUUUAAAGAUGGUGAGACCAGUUAAAAGAAGACAUUCCUCUGUAGUUAAAGCCAAAGCCCUAGUUCAUGCUAUUCGUUACAUUCGACAACAAAAACAGAUUCCUAACCUUGAUCGAAUCCAAAAGUACAUGACCCGUGUAUAUGACACGAAACCAUCGGAGACAGAAAAACAGCUACAAUAUACAUGUAAAGAUGGACUUAUAAUCUCCUAUACAACGUUGGGUAAAAAAGGAAACAAGACUGGAAUAGAGCAGGAGGGAUAUAGGAUUCCAGACGAGGGCGAAAUAAUGAAAGGGGACCAUGAUUGGUACUGUUUUGGCUGCCAUAAUGUAGGUGAAGUCCUGCCAUGUUCAGAUUGUUGGAGAGUAUUCCAUCCAAGCUGUACCAAAGAAGAAUGGACUGGACCAACAUUUACUUGCACUAUAUGCAGGGCUGGAAGAGUAAGAAAGUUAAAAAGAAAGAUGUUAAACACACUGUUGAGUUAUACUGUUAUGAGGAUGAAGGAGAAGACAAGAGAACUACACAAAAUAGGCCACAGAGAAGAAGAAGUGAAUUACUCUGAAUUCUUUGUCUUUAAACAUAGUGACUUAAAUACAAUAGAAAAUAAAGUCAAUAACCACAAAUACAGAAGUCUGGAAGAGUUCCUGGCAGACACACAACUUAUAUACCACAAUACGCAUUUAAUAUAUGGAGAUGAAUAUAAAGGUGGCAUAGCUGAAUUGGCCAGAAUAAUGGCAAAAGAUUGUGAACAUGAGGUAGAAGAAAUAAAACAAUGCCGUAGCUGUUACUACUUGUCCAAUGCCAAGCCAGAUAAUUGGUUCUGUCAGCCGUGUGACCCACCACAUGAACUGGUAUAUGCAAAACUGAAAGGUUACAGUUACUGGCCUGCCAAGAUAAUUAGGAGACUCGGUGAUCGAUGUGAUGUCAGAUUUUUUGGUGGAUUUCAUCAAAGAUCUCUAUUACCUAAGGAAUCAAUAAAACCAGUAGAUAUCAAUAUUCAGAAACUAGUCACAAAAAGAACUGUAGGUUUUAAUAAAGCUUGUGAUGAGCUGAAAAGAUAUCAGGAAAAUCUAGCCAACCUCCCUUCACAAAAUGAUGAUGAAGAUGAUGACAAAGAAGAAUCAGAGGCAAGUAACGAGAAAGAGGAAAUAGAAUCAGAGGCUAGCAAGGAGAAAGAUGACCCCUAUGACUUUGAUUCUGAAAUGGCAGCUAAUAAUGAAACUGUGUCAGACAAAGAUGAGUCUGAUGGUGAGGCUGUUAAAGAAAAGAAAGAAGAUACAGUGGAAAAUAGUGCAUUAGAAGUAAGCUCCACCAGUAGUCCCCCAAAGAAAAGGCCAUGUCUCAAGGUAAAUUCUGCAGAGGAUAUUGUCACCUCCAGUGAGGACAAAGUUCAAGCAGUUCCUAAAGUCCCUACUGUUGCUGUGGCAACACAAACCAUUAAAAAGUCCAUUAAACAACAACAUUCCCAGACAGAUUCCUCAAAUAAAUGUAACUGUGAGGAGAAAUACAACAAAAAGAUGAAGGAUUACCAGGAUAAAAUAGAAAAAGAACAUGAAGCCAACACAGAUAAAGCCCUGAAAGAAUUGUCUGAUAGGUUGCUGAAAGAUUUUGAAGAGGACAAACAGCAGGCUGUUUCCAGGGCAACAUCCAGCAUGGUACGGGAAAUAGAGAAAACUAAACGACAAACAGAAGAAAAAUGUAAAACAGAGAUAUUGGAUGAAAUGAAAAAGUUACAACAAAAACACAAAGAAGCUAUUUCACAGACCAAAAAGAAACAAUGGUGUUAUAAUUGUGAAGAAGAGGCCAUGUAUCACUGUUGCUGGAAUACAUCUUACUGUAGUGUAAAAUGUCAACAAGAACAUUGGCAUAAAGAACACAAGCGUGUCUGUCGUCGGAAACGUUAAACUCUUAAUAAUGCAAUUUCAUUAUUUACAUGUAAUAUUGACAUUUUUCAUAUGUCAGACAUUUUUUCAUACAACCAUCAAUAUUUCACUGUAAUAAAUUUGUUACAAAAGAUGUAUAUUUUCUAUCUGACAGCAGCUAAAAUGUCAUCGAAACCACUAAACAUUUAAUUUUUCAUUGUCAUGUAACUCAUUUAAAUGUAUGCUUUCCUCUAAUUAUUUUGAUUAGCCUGUUGAUCAGAUGCUUUUACUAAUUAUUUUUACUCAUUUUGAAAUAAAUGAGGUCAAUGCUUGUAUAACCUCAUGUGAUGUUUUUGCUGCUUAGAAAUUUUAUAUGAAUUUAGAUAAAUAUGUUUUUAAUAUGAAGAACAGAUUUUUUUAAUGGACUAAAAUUUGUAGAAUGUGAAAACAAUUUGCUGGACCCUAGAUUUUGUUUUCUAUGGGAUAAAUAUUGACAAGAGGUCUGAGUUGGUUCAUUUCUGAGUAAAUUAGGCCUACAUACAAUACACAGACCAAUAACAAUAAGGCCUACAUAAAAUACACAGACCAUUAACAAUUAGGCCUACAUACAAUACACAGACCAUUAACAAUUAGGCCUUCAUACAAUACACAGACCAUUAACAAUUAGGCCUACAUACAAUACACAGACCAUUGACAAUUAGGCCUUCAUACAAUACACAGACCAUUUACAAUUAGGCCUUCAUUCAAAAAGCAGACCAUAAACAUUCCUUAUGCUAAGUCACAUGUAUCUCAGCCUCAAGUAAUGGUGGAGCCCUCUUAGUCAUGGUUAUAUGAAAUUCACAUGUUUAUUUAAAAAUAAGAAGAUAUGCCAAUAAGACAACCCUCCACCAGAGUCCAGUUAAGCUUUAAAUGAAAACUUGCUUUAAAUAUGAUAAACUGAUAAUAUUUGUAGUGCUAACUUUUCCUCUCCCCUAGGCCUAUGCAUCUAUGCAGAAAAAGAUAGAAAUUGAUGUGUUGUUGUUGUAUAUUAUUUAUUAGCAAUCAGUUCAUACAGAUAAUGUGGAAAACCCUUUAGUGAUGAUCCUAUAAAUACCUUUUUUUUGUAAUAGGCUAUACGUUUGUAUUUGGUAUACUGUUGAAUUAACCUUCAAUAUACCCCCAUCCCCUUCUUCUAAUGUCCCUGCUCCCAAGGAGGGGAUGUACUGGUUUACCUCAGUCCAUCCUUGGGAAUGUUUAAAGCAUUAUGUGAGCAUGCUAUACCUUGCAGUGCAUUUUUACACUAAUCUUCAAUCUACUUCCUGGUUAGCAAAAAAUUAUACAUUCUUAUAGGUACUAUGCAUGUAUGAAAUUUUCAUCAUUGUAUGAAAUUUUCAUCAUUAUAUUUUUCUCAAAAUCUACUUAUCAGAGGGGGGAAACCACAAAUUUAAAUACUCAAAUGAUUACAAUUUUUAUGUACAUUUUUGUACUUUGAUAAGAGUAAAUAACAAAACCACAAAAUCAGAUACCCUCAAAAUAGCUAAUUUUUCUCGAAUCACAAAAAUUGAUAACAACAAAAAAUCAACAGUAAUUUUUUUUUUUUCAAUUUUCAGUUUGUUUUGGGGGUUGGGUGGCAGGGUUGUCUUUUAUCCUUGCGAAAAACUUGAAUAACAAAUUCAGAGUUCAGGUAAAAGAAUUACACUUGUGAAUUAUUAUGGCCAUAAUUAAUCUCCAGGAGAGACUGGGUACACUCCAUCUCAUUGAUAAUCUGUUUCCUUGACUGCUGUUUUCUUUCAAUUUUUUUAUGUUCAAAUUUUAUUAACAGAAUUUUAAUUCUAUGCUUGAGUGGUUUGAAAGAAAUACCUUAGAUCUUUAAUUUAAAACUAAGGAAUUGACUUCUUUAUUUUUUAAACUUAAAUUUAUUUUAUAGAGUUACUAUAAAUUCAGAAAUUAUUGUGUGUAUUUAUUAUUGCAAUAUUUGAAGAAUGGACAAAAACGUGUGAUUUAUUAUUGCGAUUUCUGGAAAAUCUGCAUGCAAAUAUAUGUAUCGGAUAUGAGAAUGCAUGUUCAUUGUGAUACUCACCCAGUCAUAUUGUUGGCAUUUAUAAAACAUCGCAAUCAUUUCUGAAUUUACAGUAGUUAUUUUUAUGUAUAUAUAUCAAGAAUCAGAGCUUGAUUUUUUAAAUUAUUAUGAAAUAUAAGUGUGGAGAUAGAUUCUUUUAUAAUGUAUUGAUUUUAUAUUGUACUGUGUGUACACAGAUUUUAAAUUGUACUGUGUAAACACAUAUACUUUAUAUUCAUAUAUGAUAUUGUACUGUGUGUACACAUAUAUGAUAUUGAACUGUGUGUACACAUGUGUGAUAUUGUGCUGUGUGUACACAUAUAUGAUAUUCUACUGUGUGUACACAUAUAUGAUAUUUUACCUUGUGUACACAUAUAUGAUAUUGUACUGUGUGAACACAUCGAUUUUAUAAUCGUACUGUAUGUACACAUAUAUGAUAUGGUGCUGUGUCUACACAUAUAUGAAAUUGAACUGUGUGUACACAUCGAUUUUAUAUUGUACUGUGUGUACACAUAUAUGAUAUUGUACUGUGAGUACACAUGUAUGAUAUUGUACUGUGUGUACACAUAGAUAUUCACUGCUGUAGGUAUUCUUUGAUAUAUUGUUCAUCACUGGUUUGAUAACUUUGUUCACCGUUUAUUUAUUUGUAUAUUUAACACUGUAAGUGUUUUGAUUGUUAUCAGAUCAGAUGAUUUUUAACACUCUGCUGACUUGGGUCUAGAUUGUUAUCAGCCACAGAUCAGAUGAUAUUUAACACUCUGCUGACUUGGGUCUAGAUUGUUAUCAGUCACAGAUCAGAUGAUAUUUAACACUCUGCUGACUUGGGUCUAGAUUGUUAUCAGAUCAGAUGAUUUUUAACACUCUGCUGACUUGGGUCUAGAUUGUUAUCAGAUCAGAUGAUUUUUAACACUCUGCUGACUUGGGUCUAGAUUGUUAUCAGAUCAGAUGAUUUUUAACACUCUGCUGACUUGGGUCUAGAUUGUUAUCAGUCACAGAUCAGAUGAUAUUUAACACUCUGCUGACUUGGGUCUAGAUUGUUAUCAGUCACAGAUCAGAUGAUAUUUAACACUUUGCUGACUUGGGUCUAGUAAUAUGUGUGUUUUGCACUGUAUAAUUUCAAACUGUGUGUCCCUGAAGAGAUGUCUUUCUGUAAUCAUGUACUUACAAUAAACAGGAGUUAACAUUGGUAUCCUAUUUUCAACACUCUUCAAGUCUUUUAUAUUUAUGAUUGAUGCACUAUAUAACAUAACAAUUAUUUCCAUUUUCAAUCCUAUGUUUCUUUAUUAGCAGUGGACACAAGUGAUGUCUGCACAUCCAUAGAUCACAUCUCUACAAAAGUUCAGGCUGUUGCUAUAAAAGUAAUUGAAAAUUUCUACUUCAGUAAAUUAUACAACUUAUACACUUAAAUUUAGCUACAUAUUUAAAAAUAGACAACUUGCAAAUUCAUGCAUUUUUCUGAUGUCACAAUGCGUAUGUGUUUACAUCACAGUAAGAGUCGAUUGUUCACUGACAACAUUUUACUCUACUUAACUGUUGAUCAAUCAGCUUAACUCAUAAAAAAACAACUAAAAAUUGGUUGAAAUAACUCACUUUAAAAACUCACUUUUUGAUGUAAUUACAUAUUUAAACUGGACUAUUUUCUGAAUAAGAUAAAAGAAACAAGCAGUGAAAAUGCUGAAUGAUGUGGAACUGUCAACUUUAUUAUUGAUUGAAAUGUAAACUGGUUUGAAUAGUAAAAAUUUAAGGUGUUAUAGUAAGUAAGUAAGUAAUUAGUUUAUUAUAGUGACUUGUGAACAUGUAUCAAUAAAUAUAACACAAUUUCAGAGUUUGUAUAGUCGAUGUUAUACCCGGCCCAUUGACCUAUAAGUCACCUAUUUGAUUAUACAAUAUCACAGACUAAAUGUUAAUAUAUUACUUCUCAAUUAAUUCAAAAUUAAAAGAAAUGUUCAAAUAAUUAGAUUAAAAAUAUAAAUAAUUUAAAUGUUAUGGAUUAUACAGCAACUGACAUCUUAUAUGAAAUGCACGAACUAUAUAUUUUGCUAAUUUUCUUAUGUGGAAAGUCAUUAAAAAGAUCAAUUUUUCAGCAUGAUUCAAAUCUGAGAAAUUUUCCUCAGUUAAAAGUUCACUAAAAAUGUCAAUUCGACAUCCAAUAAAUAAAGGGCAAUCAAACAUAAAAUGGAACUCAGUUUCCGUUUCUUGAUUUUUACAAAAUAUGCAUAGUCUUUCUUCUACACUUUCGUUCGAGUAUCUUCCAGUUUCCACUCCUAAUGGUAAAAUUCCACUUCUAAAUUGGGCUAAGUGUGAACGCUCAAUUUUACUCAAGUUCAAAUUAACGUAAUUUUCAGUUUCAAAGACUGUUUUAAAGUUCCUAUAUGUCUGUAGUUUCGAAACGUUUUGAACGUAAUUCCUCCAGAUAUCUGAAUAAAAGCGAAAAAUGUUCUAAUUCAAGCUGGUAUAAUAUGUCCUUAACUUCACUAUACCAAUUACUUUUACUUUGGGAAUGAAUGUACAGUUAUUAUAGUUGAUAUGAUAUAUGUAACAGUUGUUAAUGAUAAGGAUAACCUCAAAAGGGCUUAUUAUUAUGUUGCCUAGCAGCAAAGGUGUAGCAACACACUACUUCUGUCAUUGUUCAUGUCCAAGUAUUUUGUUUAUUUAGUCUUUUAUUGUCUCAUUCAUUAGUCGCUACAAUAAUUUGUUUAUUGAUAGAAACAUGUAUAUCUCAACAUUAUUAGAUUAUGGACAUUAUUUUUUUCAGAGUUUUAUUUUAACAUCAUGUAUAUACAGACAUUUUAUUUCACCUAUAUAUAAUCAUACAGAAAUUUGAAUAGGUAUCUGUUAUUAAGUUUUCUACAUCAUGGUAACAUUUAAUCAAUCAACAGUCACAAUAUAGAAUAGGUAUCUGUUAUUAAGUUUUCUACAUCAUGGUAACAUUUUUAAAAUCAAUCAACAGUCACAAAAUAGACAUCUAUGUCUACCAUACUGUAUAUUAGGAAGUUUAUUUUGUUCACAUUUCUACAACAGGAUUGAAAGCAAAACAAAGCAAAUUUGAGCUGUCCAAACUGCACAUUCAGUGUUUGGUUAUUGCAAGUUUUUUAGAAAAGAUUUUAAUAGAUGAUGCACUGUUUUUCUAAUGUUUGAUAACUUAUACAAUAAGAGCUGAGAUAGAAACCUGUUUUGGGAAGAAUAAUAUGUACACAAGGGAAACUAGUAACAAUGUUAUAUUAAGCUAUGUAUUUGUAAUUUUUUUUUUACUAUGUAAUAAUCUUAUGCAGGUAUAUAAGGUUAUAACAGUCUGUUUUCAUAGUACUGACUUUGAUUUUGGAUUUACAAAUCUGUAAGAGUUAUCUCCCCUAAGCUUGGACAUCUAUGUCCUUGUGGUAUGUUUUGUUUGGCUAUAAAUCUUGUAACUACACUUGGAACUUCUUCUUUAUUUAGUUAUUGUCUUAGUACAUGAAAUAAUGGAAAUUACCAAAAUAGGAAGGUCUCAUGUUUUCCUACACAAUAAACUCUUUAAACAACAAAUUUUCCUCAAUAUUGUACAUAUUUUAAGCUUGAUUUUUCCUUUUCAGCUCACCUGGCCCAAAGGGCCAAGUGAGCUUUUCUCAUCACUUGGCGUCCGUCGUCCGUCGUCGUCGUCGUCCGUUGUCGUUAACUUUUACAAAAAUCUUCUCCUCUGAAACUACUGGGCCAAAUUUGACCAAACUUGGCCACAAUCAUCAUUGGGGUAUUUAAUUUAAAAAAUGUGUCCGGUGACCCGGCCAACCAACCAAGAUGGCCACCAUGGCUAAAAAUAGAACAUAGGGGUAAAAUGUAGAUUUGGCUUAUAUCUCUGAAACCAAAGCAUUUAGAGCAAAUCUGACAUGUAAUAAAAUUGUUUAUCAGGUCAAGAUCUAUCUGCCCUGAAAUUUCCAGAUGAAUCGGACAACCCGUUGUUAGGUUGCUGCCCCUGAAUUGGUAAUUUUAAGGAAAUUUUGCCGUUUUUGGUUAUUAUCUUGAAUAUUAUUAUAGAUAGAGAUAAACUGUAAACAGCAAUAAUGUACAGCAAAGUAAGAUCUACAAAUAAGUCAACUUGACCAAAAUGGUCAGUUGACCCCUUAAGGAGUUAUUGCCCUUUAUAGUCAAUUUUUAACCAUUUUUCGUAAAUUUUUGUGAUCUUUUACAAAAAUCUUCUCUGAUGAAACUACUAAGACAAAUUUAACCAAACUUGUCCACAAUCAUCAUUAGGGUAUCUAGUUUAAAAAAUGUGUCCGAUGACCCCGCCCGCUAACCAAGAUGGCCGACAUGGCUAAAAAAUAGUACAUAGAGUAAAAUGCAGUUUUUGGCUCAUAUCUCUGAAACCAAAGCAUUUAGAGCAAAUCUGAUGAGUAUAAAAUUGUUCAUUAGGUCAGGACCUAUCUGCCCUGAAAUUUUCAGACCAAUCAGGCAACCCGUUGUUGGGUUGCUGCCCCUGAAUUGGUAAUUUUAAGGAAAUUUUGCCGUUUUUGGUUAUUAUCUUGAAUAUUAUAAUAGAUAGAGAUAAACUGUAAACAGCAAUAAUGUUCAGCAAAGUAAGAUCUACAAAUAAGUCAACUUGACCAAAAUGGUCAGUUGACCCCUUAAGGAGUUAUUGCCCUUUAUAGUCAAUUUUUAACCAUUUUUCGUAAAUUUUUGGAAUUUUUUACAAAAAUCUUCUCCUCUGAAACUACUAGGACAAAUUUAACCAAACUUGUCCACAAUCAUCAUUAGGGUAUCUUGUUUAAAAAAUGUGUCCGAUGACCCCGCCCGCGAACCAAGAUGGCGACAUGGCUAAAAAAUAGUACAUAGAGUAAAAUGCAGUUUUUGGCUCAUAUCUCUGAAACCAAAGCAUUUAGAGCAAAUUUGAUGAGGAUAAAAUUGUUCAUUAGGUCAAGAUCUAUCUGCCCUGAAAUUUUCAGACCAAUCAGGCAACCCGUUGUUGGGUUGCUGCCCCUGAAUUGGUAAUUUUAAGGAAAUUUUGCCGUUUUUGGUUAUUAUCUUGAAUAUUAUUAUAGAUAGAGAUAAACUGUAAACAGCAAUAAUGUACAGCAACGUUAGAUCUACAAAUAAGGCAACAUGACCAAAAUGGUCAAUUGACCCCUUAUGGAGUUAUAUUGCCCUUUAUAGUCAAUUUUUUACAAUUUUCAUAAAUUUUGUAAAUUUUUGUAAAUUUUUACAAAGUAUUUUCCUCUGUAACUACCGAGCCAAGUUCAUUAUAGAUAGAGAUAAUAGUAAGGAGCAAGAAUGUUCAGUAAAGUAAGAUCUACAAACACAUCACCAUCACCAAAACACAAUUUUGUCAUGAAUCCAUCUGUGUCCUUUGUUUAAUAUGCACAUAGACCAAGGUGAGCGACACAGGCUCUUUAGAGCUUCUAGUUCGCUCACCUGGCAUGAAGGGUUAGGUGAGCUUUUCUAAUCACUUGUCGUCCGUCGUCGAUGACCGAUGACCCCGCCAACCAACCAAGAUGGCCGUCAUGGCUAAAAAUAGAACAUAGGGGUAAAAUGUAGAUUUUGGCUUAUAUCUCUGAAACCAAAGCAUUUAGAGUAAAUCUGAUAGGGUAAAACUGAUUAUCAGGUCAAGAUCUAUCUGCCCUGAAAUUUUCAGACAAAUCUGACAACCUGUUGUUGGGUUGCUGCCCCUGAAUUGGUAAUUUUAAGGAAAUUUUGCCGUUUUUGGUUAUUAUCUUGAAUAUUAUUAUAGAUAGAGAUAAACUGCAAACAGCAAUAAUGUUUCGGCAAAGUAAGAUCUACAAAUAAGUCGUCAUGACCAAAAUUGUCAGUCGACUCCUUUAGAAGUUAUUGCCCUUUUCAGUCAAUUUUUAACAAUUUUUUCGUAAAUUUUUGUAAUCUGUUACAAAAUUCUUCUUCUCUGAAACUACUGAGACAAAGUUAACCAUACUUGGCCAUAAUCAUUAUUAGGGUAUCUAGUUCAAAAAAUUUGUCCGAUGACCCCGCCUUUCAACCAUCAUGGCCGACUUGGUUAAAAAUAGAACAUAGGGGUGAAAUGCAGUUUUUAGCUCACGGGGGCCCAAAGGGCCCCAUGUGAGCUUAUGCCAUCACUUGGCGUCCGUCGUCGUCUGUCGUCGUCGUCGUCUGUCUUCGUAAACUAUUUCAAAAAUCUUAUCCUCUGAAACUACUGGGCCAAAUACCUUCAAACUUUAACUAAAUGUUCCUUAGGGUAUCUAGUUUAUAAGUUGUAUCCGAAGUUUUAUUCCAUCGACAAACAUGGCCGCCAUGGCUAAAAAUAGAACAUAGGGGUCAAAUGCAGUUUUUGGCUUAUAUCUCAAAAACUAAAGCUUUUAGAGCAAAUCUGACAUGGGGCAAAAUUGUUCAGUUGGUCAAGAUCUAUCAGCUCUGAAAUAUUCAGACGAAUCAAACAACCCAUUGUUGGGUUGCUGCCACCGAAUUGGUAGUUUUAACAAAAUUUUGCAGUUUUUUGUUAUUUUGAAUAUUAUUAUAGAUAUAUAUAAACUGUAAGCAGCAAUAAUGUUCAGCAAAGUAAGAUCUACAAAAAAGUUAAUAUGACCAUAAUUGUCAAUUGACCCCUUAAGGAGUAAUUGCCCUUUAAAGACAAUUUUACACAAUUUGUUCAUCAAGUUUGCUAACAUUUAAAAAUCUUCUCCUCUGAAACUACUGGGCCAAUUACCUUCAAACUUUAACUAAAUGUUCCUUAGGGUAUCUUGUUUAUAAAUUGUAUCCGAAGUUUGUAUCCAUCUACAAACAUGGCCGCCAUGGCUAAAAAUAGAACAUAAGGGUCAGAUGCAGUUUUUGGCUUAUAUCUCAAAAACUAAAUCUUUUAGAGCAAAUGUGACAGGGGUAAAAUUGUUUAGUUGAUCAAGAUCUAUCAGCUCUGAAAUUUUCAGACGAAUCGAACAACCCAUUGUUGGGUUGCUCCCACUGAAUUGGUAGUUUUAACAAAAUUUUGCAGUUUUUUGUUAUUAUUUUGAAUAUUAUUAUAGAUAUAUAUAAACUGUAAGCAGCAAUAAUGUUCAGCAAAGUAAGAUCUACAAAAAAGUUAAUAUGACCAAAAUUGUCAAUUGACCCCUUAAGGAGUUAUUGCCCUUUAAAGACAAUUUUACACAAUUUCUUCAUCAAGUUUGCUAACAUUUAAAAAUCUUCUCCUCUGAAAUGCAGGUGAGCGAUUCAGGCUCUUGAGAGCCUCUUGUUGGUUUAUAUCUCUGAAACUAAAGCAUUUAGAGCAAAUCUGACAGGUGGCAAAAAUGUUCAUCAGAUUUAGAUUUAUCUGCCCUGAAAUUUUCAGACGAAUUCGACAACCGGUUGUUGGGUUGCUGCCCCUGAGUUAGUAAUUUAACAGAAAUUUUGCAGUUUUUUGUUAUUAUCUUAGAUAUCAUUAUAAUAUCUAAUAUCUAAUACUAUUAUUUAUGAUUUUAACCUUAUUUUACAUGAUUUCCAAAGCAUCAGUAAAUACAGGUGAGUGACACAGGCUCUUGAGAGCCUCUAGUUUUUAUUGCUCUUAAUUAACAGAGUACCAGAAUGUCUUAGCACAGAGUAGGUAAUCUGUCCAAAUAUUACAUACUCAGGUCUUAGCACAGAGUAGGUAACCUGUCCAAAUAUUACAUACUCAGGUCUUAGCACAGAGUAGGUAACCUGUCCAAAUAUUACAUACUCAGGUCUUAGCACAGAGUAGGUAACCUGUCCAAAUAUUACAUACUCAGGAGUCAAAAAAGUCAGUAAUAUGAAAAUAGUGUAUUCUGUAUAGAUUUACUGAUUACUAUGUAAACAUUUCUAAUUAUGCGAGUGAAUAAACAGAUAAAUCAUGAUUGUGUUAAUGUGUUCAAUGCACAUAAACAGUUAAUAUCAUGAUUGUGUUAAUGUGUUCAAUGCACAUAAACAGAUAAAUCAUGAUUGUGUUAAUGUGUUCAAUGCACAUAAACAGAUAAAUCAUGAUUGUGUUAAUGUGUUCAAUGCACAUAAACAGAUAAAUCAUGAUUGUGUUAAUGUGUUCAAUGCACAUACAACUUUCUGCUGUUUUCAAUAAAGCAGAGAAAUAGAA